AUGGCAGAGAGCUCAAUCGCAUCCGCCGUCGCGCUACCUGAACCCCCACAGUAUCCCGGUCCAGAGGCUCUAUCGAAGCGAAGACAGAGCAUUUCAAGUAACAGCAGCAGUAAAAGGAGGCGGCUGAGUGCAGACGAGUUCUCCGAGCGUGCGAAUCAGUCUUCCCCGCCAAGUUGUUCGAAUACUCAACGGUUGAACGGUUCGAGUGAUGUGAAAGCAGCAGAUAAACCCAAGCCAGGGAGGGACGAGGAGCGGAAACGUGGCCGUAGGCUCUUCGGUGCCCUACUUGGAACACUAUCUCAAAGUUCUUCUACGCCAGCGCAGAGAAAACGCUCAGAGAUCGACAAGAAACAGCAAGCAAAGCUGGAGCUUCAGGAUAAAGAAUAUAAUGAGCUAACCAAAAAGAAAUAUGAAGAUCUCAUGGCGUCAAGGAGGAAAGAUCAAGCUUUGUAUGAUUCCCAGUCGGCCGAAAUUCGUCACUCGAACAAGCUUGCAAUGGCACACUUUCUCCGCACUAAAGCGGAACCACCAUUGUAUUAUCGGCCGUGGUACCUUCGACCUCAAGACGAAACAAAGAUCCAAAGCCAAAUUGCAGAAGCAAAAUCAAGUAUAGAGAAGGAAAUAAUGGACUCAAGUUCACAUUAUAAGCAGCAUGAGUCAACCAUCCACAAGCGCGAAAUUACCGUUGACAACCCUGAUGAUAACUCCGCUGAGGAUAAGGCCACAAAAGAUACCACAGACCUCAUAGGAUCUAAUACUAACGACCCGCUCGAACAGACCAGUGAGGCUCCGCAACGAACCUUAAUUGACACUAACCUUGUCCCCGUGCCUCCUGCAACCCAAGGACCAAGUGGACUUGAUGAGGAACACCCCGGUGAGGUACUAAUGGAAAAUACUGAGGAUGCUGAUAUUCCGCCGUAUGUCCUUGUCUUCUUUAUACUUUCCGGCUGUUUCUCUCUUCCCCCUACCAGCAUCUUUCGCAGCACCUUUAACAUUUUUCAAAGUAUCAUAUCCAUUGUUCUGGGUGAGAUAAUGGUUGCUAUUCAUACCGCGCACCUUCGGCAAUCCCGAAUGUGUAACCCGAUGUCUCAACAGGUGCACAUCUCGAAGAGUAAUCCAAGUCGAACAGUUCUCGAAAGUGGUGUACAGUUAACGUCAAGCAAACAAAGUGAUCCAGUUCAUCAAUAA